AUGGCCCCUUUCGAUUUCCAGAAUUUGCAACUUCACCGGCAGCAGAUUCGCCUGUUCCAUUUGCAGCCAGGCGAAUUUCAUGAUCCUAUCUCAGCCACCCUGUCCAUUGCAUACCUUGGCGACUGUCCGAAGUACGAAGCGCUCUCGUAUGUCUGGGGAGAUCCAAAUGUCUGCUUUGACAUCACUGUGGGCGGGCAUACCGUGCCAGUGACGAUAAACUCGUGGGCCGCCCUCCGUCGUCUCCGCGGCGUCCGUGAGGAGAGGGUGCUCUGGAUCGAUUCACACGGCAUCAAGCAGUCGGAUGGAAUCGAAAAGACGUAUCAAGUAGGCCUAAUGACCGAGAUCUACAGGAAUACCUGGCGAGGUCUAGCCUGGCUAGGGGAAUUCGAGGAGGAUGCAGUUCUGAAGCCUGGGAUGGAUUUGGAAUCCUAUCAAGACUCCGGAGUGACGAUGGACAAAAACCAUGCGCAACUGGCUUUUCGAUUCAUGGACAAGCUGUCGAAGUUGUCGACGGAUGGACACUUCACCAUUGAAACAGAGAAUGUACUCCCUGGAUGGGUGAGCGUCACUCGACCAGAAGUGACUACAAUCCACAGGUUGGUGAACUUGAGAUACUUCACCCGUAUCUGGACCGUCCAGGAAUUUGUUCUCCCACCACGCGUGGAAUUGGUUCUCGGUAACGCCACUUGA